AUGAGGUAGAUUUACAAACAAAUAAUCAUUUAUUAAAAACUUUGGGCAUGUGUUACAAUACUCAGUCAGAUGCAUUUAUAGUGUCAAGUCCAAAACCUAUUGGUAAUAUGCCUCAGUGUAAGCGAGAGAUUCUUAGUUUUAUAAGCCAGUUUUUUGAUCCAUUAGGAUUUGCUGGGCCCAUAGUGGUAGGUGCUAAAGUCAUCAUGCAACAACUGUGGAAAGCUCAAAUAGACUGGGAUUCGUUACCUGAUAAGGAGUUGCUUCAAGCAUGGCAUGAGUUUUACACUAGCUUAAUUUCAAUGAAACCACUAAUUAUAGAGCGUUACAUAAGGUUGCACAAUAGCAGCUUUGCACAAAUUAUUGGGUUUGCCGAUGCUUCCAGCACUACUGCCUAUGGCUGUUGUGUAUACUUAAGAUGUGUUGACGAGGCAGCCAAUGUUAAGGUUUCCUUGUUAUGCUCAAAAUCGCGCAUAAAUCCUGCUUCACAAAGCUUAUCUGUUCCAAGACUGGAGCUUAACGCUGCUUUACUGCUCGCUAAGUUAGCUAGCAGAAUCCAUGACACACUAUCAACAAAAAUAAAAAUCCAUGAUGUGUUUCUUUAUUCAGAUUCACAAAUCGUUUUAGCUUGGCUUAAAACUAACAUAAACACGUUAAAAGCGUAUGUAGCCAAUCGUGUUAAGGCUAUAAUACAACUCACACAUGCGCACACUUGGUCGCAUGUUAGCUCGCAGGAGAAUCCAGCGGAUUGUCUCAGUAGAGGAGUGCCACCUCACGAGUUAGCUGACCACCCCCUCUGGUGGAGGGGACCAACAUUUUUACAUUCAAUGGUUUGCUGCGUGUUGGAGGCCGGUUGCACAAUGCUGAUAUGCCAUAUUCGCAGAAGCAUCCAAUCAUUUUGCCGCGAGACUCGCGCGUCACUAAUUUAAUAAUUCAUAGUGAACAUUUGAGAAACCUUCACGCAGGCCCUAAGCUGACUCUGUCAUCAUUAAGACAAAGAUUUUGGAUAGUACAUGGUUUAAGAGAAGUUAAAAAAGUUUUAUUCAAGUGUACCAUUUGUUUUAGAUUAAAAGCGGAAGCUUCUAAGCAAUUGAUGGGUUCUUUGCCUCCUGAUAGGGUGAAAGCAUGUCGCGCCUUUCAAAAAGUCGGUUUAGAUUACACUGGAGCAAUAUCAUUGAAAAUAGCAAGAGUUAGAAAGCCAAUAAUCACAAAGGGUUAUGUUUGUGUGUUUGUAUGCUUUGUAACCAAAGCAAUGCAUUUAGAGCUUGCUUCAGGUUUAAAGACGGAGACUUUCAUUGCAUGUUUAAACAGGUUUAUUGCCAGAAGAGGGUUGCCUACUGACAUAUACAGCGACAACGCUUCAACCUUCAGGUGUGCGGAGAGGCAGUUAGAUGCUUUGUACAAAUUACAUAACUCCAUAGAACAUCAAAAAUUAGUUUCUCAAUUUACAGCUCAAAAAGGGAUAAAAUUUCACCAUUUACCUUGUUAUUCCCCGACGUUCGCCGGUUUGGCCGAAAGUGGUGUAAAAAGUUGUAAAAAUUUGUUAAAGAGAGUGUUACAAAAGGCAAUUUUAACUUAUGAAGAAUUGUACACAGUUUUAUGUCAAAUUGAGGCCAUAUUAAAUAGUAGACCUUUAAUGCCACUAUCUAAUGAUGUAACUGAUUAUUCCUGCAUUACUCCAGGACAUUUUUUGAUAGGUACUGCUUUAAAUACAUACCCAGAUGCAAAUGUUACUGUUAUUACUAAAUCUCAAUUUUGGAAAAUAUGUAAUGAUAUGAAAUUAGAAUUCUGGAAAAGGUGGAGUAAGCACUAUUUGAAUUUAUUACAAUGUCGACCUAAGUGGCAGAUCUCUCAACCAAAUGUAAAGAUAGGUUCACUUGUUAUACUUAAGGACGAAAAUUUGUCGCCAAUGUACUGGCCCUUAGCCAGAGUAAUUAAUACCUAUCCAGGCGAUGAUGGAAAGGUCCGUGUAGUUGAAGUUAAAACUUCAAACGGCCAUAUACAUAGAAGAGCAGUAGUGAAAAUAUGUGUCCUACCGCUAGAUACGGAAGAACGGCAGUAGCUGCGCCUAUUGGUGUUGUGUACCGACCCCGAGAUAUGUGUUUACUAUCGUAGGGAUAGGCGCAGCAACAGCCUUACAUACAUUUUCGUAUAAAUAGUAUUAAGUUACUUUUUGUUAUCUAGUUCUUUCUAAUAGAACAAGCACAAAUUUAGUGUUUCUAUAAAACACAAGUAAGAAUGUUACAUUUUAAAUUAAAAAAAGGGCAUGCAUAGUUUUUAAACAUUUAAUGUAAAUUUUAAAACGCCUUACAUAUGUUUUCAUGUCUGUUAAGUGUUGUACUGCUAUUAACAAUCUGUAAUUGUAACUUGUAGUGCAGUUCUAACUUCACUUUAUGUACAAUGCAUGGCAACUACAUAUCUUUAUAUUUAAUAUUAUAUAUUAUGUCAUUCUACUUAUGUACCUAUUAUAGUGUACUCACGGUAUAUUAAGUUUGUAAAAUGUUUCACAUAAUAUAACCUUCUUUUGCCCCGGCAAUAUGUUGGAACACCAACAUUAAAAUAUUUUAUUUUUUUUAAUUUGUUUGUUCGAUAUGGCAACAUUGUACAUCCGAUCUUCCUUCUUGUUGGUCACCGCAAUAAAGCGACACGAGUCUUGUCCGUUAACUCAAGGAAUUUUAUUUUACCAGUCCAAUACAUACAGUCCACUUUACAUUACAAUCUAUCCAUUUA